ACGAGCCCGCGUCCCGCGCCAGCUCCGCGCCCCCGCGCCCAGAGCCCCGGCGGCUGCAAGACUAGCGGCGGCCGGGCGAGCGCGCCGCCCCGCUCGGUUCUCCUGCCCAGCUCCGCCGUCGCCGCCUCCUUCCCGCAGCCGCGCGGGCGUCCUUCCGCACCAUGUCGGUGGCCGGGCUCAAGAAGCAGUUCCACAAAGCUACUCAGAAAGUGAGUGAGAAAGUUGGAGGAGCUGAAGGAACGAAGCUAGAUGAUGACUUCAAAGAAAUGGAAAGGAAAGUAGAUGUCACCAGCAGGGCUGUGAUGGAAAUAAUGACUAAAACAAUUGAGUAUCUUCAACCCAAUCCAGCUUCCAGAGCUAAACUUAGCAUGAUCAACACAAUGUCAAAAAUCCGCGGCCAGGAGAAAGGGCCAGGCUAUCCUCAGGCGGAAGCGCUCCUUGCAGAGGCCAUGCUCAAGUUUGGAAGAGAACUUGGAGAAGACUGCAACUUUGGCCCAGCCCUGGGUGAUGUGGGAGAAGCAAUGCGGGAACUCUCUGAGGUGAAAGACUCUUUGGACAUGGAAGUGAAACAGAACUUCAUUGACCCCCUUCAGAAUCUUCAUGACAAAGAUCUGAGGGAAAUUCAGCAUCAUCUAAAGAAGUUGGAGGGUCGACGCCUGGACUUUGAUUAUAAGAAGAAACGACAAGGCAAGAUUCCAGAUGAAGAACUCCGUCAAGCUCUGGAGAAAUUCGAUGAGUCUAAAGAAGUUGCUGAGUCAAGCAUGUUCAAUCUUCUAGAGAUGGAUAUUGAACAGGUGAGCCAGCUCUCUGCACUUGUACAAGCCCAGCUAGAGUACCACAAGCAGGCUGUGCAGAUCCUGCAGCAAGUCACCGUCAGACUGGAAGAAAGAAUAAGACAAGCUUCAUCUCAGCCUAGAAGGGAAUAUCAGCCUAAACCACGGAUGAGCCUGGAAUUCCCAACUGGGGAUAGUAGUCAGCCCAACGGGGGCCUUUCACACGCGAGCACUCCCAAACCUGCAGGUGCCCCGAUGGAUCAGCCCUGUUGCCGAGCUCUGUACGACUUUGAACCUGAAAAUGAAGGCGAGCUGGGUUUUAAAGAGGGUGACAUCAUCACACUCACCAACCAAAUUGAUGAGAACUGGUAUGAGGGGAUGCUUCAUGGCCAGUCAGGCUUCUUCCCCAUCAACUAUGUGGAAAUUCUGGUUCCCCUGCCCCAUUAGAAUGUAAUGUUGGCUGGCUCACCUCCUCUUGACCCAGAUAGUUAUGUUUAACCACUGCUUUGGUAAUGCUGCUUACAACAUAUCCCAAGCGCAGGCUGCAGUGGUCCAAGUCAUCAAGCCCCACCAAGUAUCUUUGGUUGACGUGUGCGAUCCCACAAGAGUCAUGGUGAUGGAUGGUAUCUUCUUAGCCUGGUGGGCAUGGCAUGUGCUUUUAAAACACCAUCCAAGACCAACCAGUAGUCACAGAACUGCUGUUUAUACAGUUCUCAGGAGGCAGUGGCUUCUUAGAAUAUGACCAUGAGCCACAGCCAGAAAACCCAUCCUACUGAAGAUAUCACCCAGAGGCCAUCUUGUGGUCUCAAGUUCUCCAUUUAAAGGGAAAAAAGUUAUUCCUUUCACAUUACCCCCUCCCAAAUAAAUGAGUGCAGAAUUGUCAAAGAAACCUCCCUCACCAGCAAAUUGUCUUCUGGUCUGAAUGAGUUUCUCCCUAGAAGCUAUCAGUAGAAAAAUGUUGAGUGUGGGUUCAAAGCCUUCUCUCAAGCAAUCACCUUUGUGUUCCCCCUCUCAUGCCUGUUUCUAAGGUACAGCCAGUUUUCUUCCCUCCUUGCUAUUAAAGGGCUAGGGAGUCCCAUUUUAUUUCUGGAUAAGAUGAUUAGCAAUCAGCGUAUUGUGUCAGGGGCUGGAAAGAGAAGAUUCUCCAUAAUGAGGAAUUGGCAAAUAAUCUGGGUUCCAAGCAUAAAUUCCUUGCUUUACAGAAAUGUAUGUAUCUAAGACAUUUCUUAAGGUUACAAGAAUGGAGAACAAAUAUAUUCACCUCAGUUUUAUUUAUGAAUUAUGUGUUUCAUAGAUUCAUUUGGCACAGAGACACAAGGAGAAAUACACUAGAAACCAGUUUCAUGCUAGUUCAUAGACCAAGAAACAGUAAAUAAUUUUCCUUUCCACCUUUACCUUGUGUUCUUGGAACAUCAUUUGUGCAUAUUCUGCCCUCAGUGAGGACCAAAUAAAGAUGAUCUUUGUGCUUAGCAGUUUAAGAUGUGUGGCUGCAUAUGCAAAACUCUUUCCCAAUUCAGUUGUUACUUUUACUUCUGUCCCUUCUACCCAUCUUCAUUUUGUGUACGGUGCUGUGCGCGUAAGCUUAUCAGUGGUUUUUUUGUUUUGUUUUGUUUUGUAUCAGUCAUGAAAGUCCUGUUAGUUAUCCAGAGUUCUAUUUAUCUAGCUGUACAGACUCUUCCAGAGGUUUAAUGUGCUGCUUCGGAUGUGCCACCUGCAGUAGUGGAUCAUGUGGAGUGAAAGGCAAAUCUUACUGCUUAAUGUAUAAACUCUUACCAUGGGAAGCAUUGCUGUUUCCAAUAAAUAUUGCUGAAGAGAGAA